CACAAUGCAAGCACCAACAACUACAACUUCUACACCACCAACCACAACUGAAGCACCAACAACUACAACUGCUGCACCAACAACCACAACCCAAGCACCAACAACUACAACAGCUACAAAAACAACUCAAGCACCUUCAACUACAACUGCUACACCAACAACCAAAACUGAAACACCAACAAGUCAAGCACCAACAACCACAACUGAAGCACAAACAACUAAAACUGCUACACCAAAAUCCACAACUCAAGCACCCUCAACUACAAUUGCUCCACCACCAACCACAACUAAAGCACCAACAACUACAACACAAGCACCAACAACUGCAGCUGCUACAACAACAACUACAGCUAUAGCACAAACAACAAGUCAAGCACCAACAACUACAAAUGCAGGACAAACAACCACAAACCAAGCACCAACUACUGCAACUGCUAAACCAACAACAACAAGUCAAGGACCAACAACAACUGCUACACCAACAACCACAACAGAAGCACCUACAACUGCUGCACAAACAACCACAACUAAAGCACCAACAAGUCAAGCACCAACAACUACUACUGCAGCACUAACAACAUCAAUUCAAGCACCAACAACUACAGCUGCUACAACAUCAACUACACCUAAAGCACAAACAACAACUCAAGCACCAACAACUACAACACCUAUACCAACAACAACAACUCAAGCACCAACAACUACAACUGCUGCACUGAAAACCACAACUCAAGCACCAACAACUACUACUGCUGCUACAACAACCACAAUUCAAGCACCAACAACUACAACAGCUACACCAACAACAACAACUCAAGCACCUUCAACUACAACUGCUACACCACCAACCACAACUAAAGCACCAACAACUGCAGAACAAACAACUACAAGUCAAGCACCAACAACUACACCUGCAAAAACAACAACUGCAGCAAAAGCACAAACAACAAGUCAAGCACCAACAACUGCAACUGCAGCACAAACAACCACAACACAAGCACCAACAACUGCAGCUGCUACAACAACAACUAUGGCUAAAGCACAAACAACAAGUCUAGCACCAACAACUACAAAUGCAGGACAAACAACCACAACCCAAGCAUCUACAACUACAACUGCUGCACAAACAACCACAAUUCAAGCAUCAUCAUCUACAACUGCUGCGCCAAAAACCACAACUCAAGCACCAACAACUACACCUGCUAAAAUAACAACUGCAGCUAAAGCACAAACAACAAGUCAAGGACCAACAACUACAAAUGCAGGACAAACUACCACAACCCAAGCACCAACUACUGCAACUGCUAAACGAACAACAACAAAUCAAGGUCCAACAACAAUUUCUACACCAACAACCACAACAGAAGCACCAACAACUGCUACACCAACAACCACAACGCAAGCACCAACAACUACAGCUGCUAGAACAUCAACUACACCUAAAGCACAAACAACAACUCAAGCACCAACAACUACAACACCUACACCAAAAACCUCAACUCAAGCACCAACAACUACACCUGCUGCACCGAAAACCACAACUCAAGCACCAACAACUACUACUUCUACACCAACAACCACAUCCCAAGCACCAACAACUACAACAGCUACACCAACAACCACAACUGAAGCACCAACAACUACAACUGUUUCUAGCACCAACAACUAUGACUGCUACACCAACAACAUCAAGUCAAGCGCCAACAACAACUGCUACACCAACAACCACAAUGCAAUCACCAAUAACUUCAACAGUUACACCAACAACCACAUCUCAAGCACCAACAACUACAACUGCAGCACCAACAACCACAACUCAAUCACCAACAGCUGCACCAAAUAUCACAACUCAAGCACCAACACUUACAACUGCUACACCACUAACUACAACUAA